UUCCUUCUUCAGUUGUUAUAUCUGAAAUGUCAAUCGAAAAGCUGGACUCAAAGACAAGAGAGGUAGAUCAGUCAGGAUGGAAAUCUGGUUUCCUCGGAACGAAGAAGAGAUCACCACGAAAAUCAUCUGAAGAUUCGCUUCUGAUGAGAAGAAACAAGGCCAAGAAUUUGCAUAUGUUUCUCUCUGAGAUCAUGAGGAAGCUGAAACAUUCGUUCAAAAUGGAGAAACCGCAACAUGACAAGAGAUUAUCGGGGAAGGAGAAAAGAUUACAGAGGAGUGCAUCACCAACUAAAGAUCGUUUCUUUCUGGAGCGGAUCACUUCAAUAUCUCAGAAGAGGUCUCACCAUGACGAGGAGGAACAUCUGUCUGAGAUGUUAAACAAUGGAGAUUCUGAUCAAACAAGGACUGUCUCGCUUUCCGAGUUUUCAUCUCCUUUCACUAGUCCAGGAAGAAGCCCCACUGUGCUUUCGAGAUCUGCUUCAGAGGAUUUCAACAAGUCUGAAACAUUUGCAGAUGAUACCAUAAGUAUCAAAGAGAUAGAAACUGCACCAUCACCAGGUGAAGGUGGUAGCCCUUCCAUAUCAAAAAGGAACCGGAUUGUUGACUUUGAGAUAUCACAAUUUGAAGCUUAUGAUGGAGAUGAAGAGGGUGGGGCCUCCCAUGAAGAGAGUCUUCACUCUGUGGCCUCACCAUCUCACAAUAUGUAUACAACCGAGGAAUGUAAUUUAGCUGUUGAGCCGCUAUUCUUUGAAUAUGAAAUCAGUCCAGAAACAGGUGAAGCAAAGAGACAACCUUUGUGUAACCAAAUUCAAGAGAACAAUCAUCAUAUUCCUAUGGAUGAAGUAGAAAGAGUGUUUAAGUACGUAAGAGAGGUUUUGGAGGCAAUAGACUCAAGCUGGGAAGAGAUGUAUCUGAAGACGGAAUUCUCUGACCAGAUUCUUAAUCCGGCUUUGAUCAGCAACAUACCGUUCUAUCCAAGUCAGCUCUGUGUUGACCAUGAGCUCCUCUUUGACUGCAUCAAUGUGCUUCUCUUCGAAUUCUGCAGCUUUCCUCAAUGGGUUUCCGUUCUUCAACCUAGAAGAACCCAAGUCUUCUCAUUUAGUGCUGAGAGCAUCGUUCAGGAGUUUCAGAAAGAAGUUUGUUGUCGUCUCUUUCCAUUGCAAUUUUCUCACUCAACGGACCAUAUCAUUAGACAAGACAUGUCUAUUCCCAGAAACUGGUUAGACAUUAGAUGUGACCUUGAGUGCAUUGGCUUCGAGACUAGUGAAUUGAUUCUAGAUGAACUAUUGGAACAACUCAUGCUUGACUUU